GUCGUCGUCUUUCUUUCUUUCUUUCUUUCUUUCUUUCUUCUUCUCUAUCUCGAAUCUGUAUCCCCCCAAAUGCGAAAAAUCUCUCGAAUCUCGGAAAUGUUUUCCCGAGAAAAUAGUUGUGUGUAGUAAGCCUUUACCCGCAUAGAGAAGGCGAUUGCUUUCCUCAAUAGCUUGUUUUUGUUGUCGACCAUGUUUCCUUCUCGGUGGUCUACCGCGCCGAAUCUCUCUUCUUCAUCAGCAAUUUCUUCGCAAAGGAGACAAUUCGUAACUAUACCAGCAGAACGUACUUUACAAAGGAUUAUCAUCGAAUUUAUGUCAGAGGAUAUGGCUUUACAAGUGAAUGCUAUGAGUAGAUUGAGACAAUUGCUUACUGAUGGAGGUGACUCUUAUUAUUCUCCUUCCAUCGAUGAUAUUGCUCGAUCUGAAAUUGUUACUCGAUUAGUCCAUUUUUUCCUCCACUCCCCUCUCAUGAAGGACGAUGCAGCUUUUGUUCUUGCAACUUUGACUUCAUCUGAAGACACUCAAGUGCUUAUUGAUAAUGGCACAGUCCCAUUAUUUGUCCAACUCCUCAGUUCUGAAAGGGAGGAAGACCGGAUAUUGAUAUCAAUUAUCAUUUUGUUUCCUACUUCAAAAUUGUUAAUUAGAUAGACUUCAUGGGAGUGAUAAUUGUUGGCUUCUUUGUUUCUUCUUAUUACAGGCUGCCCAGGCAUUGGAAAACCUUGCUAUUGAGUCACAAGAACGCCGUGAUUAUGUCCUCAAUCACGGGGCUAUGCCACCUCUUCUGGCUCUUUUUACUGCGAAUCCAACGCUCGAGAUGCUUAGAGCUGCUGCUGCCACGUUAUCAGCCUUCUUCAGAGCGAGUCCUUUCCCUGCUGUUGACCCAGAUAUUCCUGUCCUUGCCCUGCUGUUGAGGUUAAAUCAUUGUGAUGAUGCUCUCAAGUCUGCAGUUGUGGUUGUUUCUAAUCUCUCUGGUGGAAGCAACUCUGAAACCAUACAGAGGAUUUGUCAUUCAGAAAUAAUUUCUGCACUUGUUAGUCUCUUCCAGCAUUCCACCGCUCUGAUUCAAAGGGAAGCUCUCGGGACAAUAUUUAACAUAGUGGCUGCCCUUGAUUCGCAGCAUACUCAAAUUGUUGUUGAGAAUGGUGUGCUUCCUGGUCUUUUCAGACUUUUGACAAACACAGAAGAUAGUGAAGUCAUGAAGAAAAUUUGUCAGAUCGUCUUCAACAUUGCAGUUUUGGACAGAAGUUCUGUGAUAGAGUCAGGCAUUACAAAGCAUAUCAUUCACUUGCUUAAUCUGAACGAUACUGAGAUUAAGACGUAUGCUCUUAGGACGAUUUUUACUAUUACUUCUGAGCAGAACCAUGACCACAUCAGGUUGCUUGUGAGCCAAGGUUGCAUUGAGGGGCUGUCUAAUGUUCUUGACCCUACCGAAGGAGAUAUCGUCUUAGCAGCCUUAGGGGUUCUAGAGGUUAUUUUUGAAGUGGAGACUAAUGGAGGAGGAGAAGAUUUCCCAUACAGGAGGAUGUUUAUCCAAGCAGGGGGUUUGCAACAGAUGGAUGAGGCAGUUUUUACUCACGCUGAUGAUCAUGAUAUUAACUUGAGGUAUGAUAGAAUCAUCAUGGGGUAUUUUAAAGACUCGUAAUACUACUACUUGAACUUAGGUUUUAUCGAUCGGUUACAAUGUGUGAUUUUAGGUUCUUAAACA